AUGGACAAAUUAGAAUUUUCUAUUGUUUGGGGAGUGCCAUCAAAGGUCAUUUACUAAGCUAUUCUUGAUCCAUUUGAGAUUAUGCAAUAUACAAGAGCACCUGCUAUUGUUGAACCAAAGGAAGGAGGACAAUAUAAAAUAAUGGAAGGGCGUAUCGAGGGUGUUUUCAAUAAAUUAGUUGAAAAUCAAGAGAUCUAAAUGACUUGGAAAUUCAACAAUUGGAAAUAACACUCAAAUGUCACACUCAGAUUGAUAGAAAGGGAAGAUAGUUGUGAAUUGAAAAUCACCUAAACCAAUUUCCCUAAUGAUGUUGAUAAGAUCAAGUUGGAAGACGGAUGGAAAAAUUAAAUAUUCGUUCCCAUGAGCAAGAUUAGAGGUUAUCCUAUCGAAGAUGAUGAUUGAUUAUUUUGUUAAUGCUGUUCAAGUCAUCUAUUUAA